AAUUCCUUUGCUCUACUAAUGAACAGCUGUUCUUUUCUGGUAGCACACAGCAUAAUUUGUAAUCGAUUUUGGUAAAACCUAUUUUUUGAAGAUGAUUAAACACAAAGCAUUGAAAGAAAUGGUAAAGGCAUUUCCAAAGUUAACCCAGCUGAUCAGUUGAGUGAAGUGUUGCGAAAGAAUAUUCUUUUAAGUCCACUAACGAUGUGCAAAUAAGCUGAGAAAUUUCUUCUUAUUGCUUCUUCAACUAGUGAGAUAGAUAAUGUCUUUGAAAUGACAUUGAGGACAGUAUAAAAGAUUUAUCCGAAACACUCCACAGUAUCAGUUGUUUCCUGCAGUUUGAACACGAAGAACCUGAACGGAAUAGCAAUGAAUCGUUGGCUGACCGUAGUUUUCCUGGUGGCUUCCGUUGGAGGAGCCUUCUCGCUGUACACUGCCGUUUCGGUAGGUUCUGGAGGACUAGCCAGCGUAGCUACUAAUCUGAAAUCGUUGUCAGUCGUGCUGAACAACUACUACACCGCCCUCAACAAUGGAAGGACCUUGGUGAACGCUACUUUGAACGAUCUGGGAUAUUAUGUGGAUGUCACGUAUGCUGGAUUGAACAAAGCCUACGGAGCUAGCCAAAUGAGCUUGUCAGGAUUUUUGUCGACUGUUCAGUACUUCAACCAGUCCUUGCAAACCGGAGAACAGAUGGUCAACAUGCAGAUAUCUACGGACCUGUCCCAACUUACCAGCACGCUCCAGCAAGCGAUUGACACGAUCAUCCAAACCUACUCAUCCUCGUUGUACACGCUGAGCUCUUCCAUGGACGGAAUGUUCAACAUGGACAUUUGUGUGGCCAAAAAUGUGACUCAGAUGAUCAACAUUCCCAGCUCUAUCGGCAAAUUGGGUGCAUGCCUUCAACAAGAGGUCAACACCGCCAAUGCAAUCACCCCAAUCAUUGUGUCCACCAUAAAUAUGUUCAAGAAUGAUCUUAAGGCACUCAAUGCUCAGCUGCAAAUCUGCCAGCCCACAUCCAACUCGUGUAUCGAUCAGUACUUUAUGAACAUUUACUCGGAAAUGAGCACGAUUCAGAGUGCUUUGAGCAUGGUGCAACAAUUUAUCAGUUCUGCCCAACAAGACGCUUCAACGCGUAACCGAAUCUGCUCUAAUCUGGUCACCGGUGACAUUCAGGACGCGAUUCAGAACAUUCAAUCGGCGGUUAGCAGCUGUUCAUACCCAAUGUAUUAAAUUUGAGGCGCUUGAAAUGGAAAAUGUUCGUGU